UACAGUCUCCCUUUUGGCACUCGAUCAAGUUUCGCAUUGUGGGUCUGUUUUGUUUGAUUUGGAUGGUCAUUGAAUCGGCGAAGCCGAACAGUUGCGGAGCCACAACUGUUUUAUUAUCAGUGCGGGGGGUGUACUGUUUUGAAGCCCCAAGAUGUGAUAAGACGGACCCCACUUAACAGUCUCUUAACAGUCUGCUAGCUUCCAGCUAACAUGACGCUUUCAUCCGCCGAGUAGCUCCCUGAAAUUGGCGUAUUUGCCAGUCACUUUGUUUCACGCCGUCGGACGUGGUGGGAAUCCAAGCAAGCUCGGAUUCUCUAUGAGGCCGUAUCACAUUGGAACUGUGAAUAAAAAGUGCCAGUUUUAAUUAAUUUGCCAUCUAUCGUGUGAUUUUGCCGGUGCCUGAGCCCCAACCGCAUAUUGUGUAGAUACUCUCAUCCACUCCCAAACCGGUCCGCGUGUGUUCGCAUAUUUACACCCACUUCCAGGGGAAUUCCCGCAACUCUCAUUUAUUUCUCAGUGGUCGCGGCAGUGGAGAGGCAUUGCAAAAGGAACGUGGUCGGAGGAAACCAUUUAGUUAUAAACACAGUGUAUGCGACGAUUUCUGGUGCGGUAACCCACUGCGAUCCGCAGCUUCUUUCAAAACCAGUUUUUCCCGAGUAAACUCGCCUAAAACAUCAAAACUCGAAGUACAAUUUAAAACACAAACCAUGUUUCGUUGACGCUUUUGAAAUCGACAAAGGCCCGUAUCCCAUAACAUUCACACGGAAGACUGCGAAGACCAAGUGUUUGUUCUUUGGAAGUACCAGAUAAAUAUAAAUACUUCAGUGGAUCGGCUAAUAACAGCUCCAAGGUGCAAUUAAUCUUCGGUUGGCAGUCAUAUAGAAGCUUCAGCAUGCCGAAAAAAAUACAGCAGAACGGCGGAUCCUUCUAUUGCGGAGUCACCCUGCUGGGGGUCUUGUGCCUAUUCUUCUUCCGCCUCAUCCCAGGCCUCAGUUUCGGAACAUACGUGAUGGCCGAGCCGCCGCCAAAGGAAGGCACUCAUGUGGCGUGCAAGUUCCAUGACACCGUCAACCUAACGGGUCACACCCGCUUCCCGAACGGAAGCUACGAGUACGAGGGCAUCAUUAUCCCGGAGCACCUCGUCGGCAACUACGACUACGUAUUCAGGUCCCUGGCGGACCGCGUGGAGGUGCCGAACCACGUGAGGGGCUGCGUCUGCAAGCUGAAACCCUGCCUGAACAUCUGCUGCCCUUGGGGCCAAAUAUACAACUCGGGGCGAGGCGAGUGCAUGAACGACACCAUGGACCACCGAGAGUGGCCCAAGCCGGUGCUCAACGUGACCUUCGCCGAAAACAUCACAAUGGAGGUGAACAUCUCCCAGCAGUUUGCCGUCCAGAGCUUCCGACCCUGCGCCAAGAUGUUCUCCCUGCAGCCGGAAAUAAACGAUUUCGAUGCGUACCUGAUCUUCCAGAACGGGUCCAUGUUCCGCGUGGACGACAAGGUCUUCAUAGAGAAGAAUCAGUACUGCCUGGUGCCCACGUUUGUGAAUGAAUCGGAUCUGGUGUACAGCCUCAAUCCGGCCAACUGUGACAUGGCGGACGAGCCCAGCACGGUCAAGAUUAUUAACUCCUACGCUAUGCUGUUUUCUAUUCCCUUCAUGAUGCUGACCAUCGCCGUGUACCUGCUGAUCCCCGAGCUGCGCAACCAGCACGGCAAGAGCCUCGUCUGCUAUCUAGUCGGUCUAUCGGUGGGCUACACGUCCCUAUGCGUGGUGCAGCUGAAGAAGAGCAUCAACCCUGACGGCAUCACCUGCAAGUCCUUCGGCUACACGGCCUACUUCUUCUUCAUGUCCGCCUACCUCUGGCUGAACGUGAUCAGCUUCGAUCUGUGGCACAAUUUCCGUGGCACGCGUGGCAUCAACCGCUUCCAGGAGAAGAAGCGCUUCCUCUUCUACUCGCUGUACUCCUGGGGCCUGGCACUGGUUUUCCUGAUCUUCACCUGGGUCGCCCAGGAACACACCAACUGGCCGUCGAAUCUGAAGCCGGGAAUCGGCGACGGAGUGUACUGCUGGCUGGACAUGACGAACUGGUCGGCGAUGAUUUACUUCUACGGUCCCAUCAUGGUGAUCGUUGUGGCCAACACGGUUAUGUUCAUUAUGACGGCCAUCAAGAUCCACGGCGUGCAGCGGGAAAUGGCGAAGAUCAUAGCUGGGGAGAACAGCACCAAGAACCUGCGCACCGAGAAGGACAAGUUCGGUCUCUUCCUGCGCCUCUUCCUGAUCAUGGGCGUCACCUGGCUGUCGGAGCUCGUCUCCUUCUUCGUCGGCAACGACAAGAACUGGUCCAGGCUCUUCUACAUCUCGGAUCUGUGCAACGCCAUGCAGGGCUUCCUAAUAUUCAUGCUGUUCGUUAUGAAGAAGAAGGUCAAGCAUUUGAUCACAAACAGAACAAUACGGGUGCGCAGUCUCCGGCAAACUGAGAGCAUGACUUUGGGGGCGAGCACGGUCUCCAUGCGACAGCGUUUCAUGGACGCCUCCAACCAGAUCCGAAAGUUGGUGGUCAUUCGGAACGCCUUCUCUAAUGGCUCCGCCAGCGGCAUUCACUCCCACGACGUCUGAUUUGGGACGAAGCCACUCUUAUCCAUUCGAGUGCUCGAGUAUGGGCGAGGGAAGCAGCCAGCGUCAGAGCCAGUACUCCACCAAGACGACGUCGAGCAGCGUGGCCAACCUGUCGUUGCACGAGAAGCCGUCGGCGGAGAAGCCGUUGAUGAUGAGUGGCGGUGGAGU